AGGAUCAGUGUGUCCCGGAUGUGAUGGAGCUCGUGCUGCUGCAGUCAGAGACGCACACAAGCGCUAAGAUCAUCAUUAGAGCCCUAGUGAAGCCGAGUUUGGGACACACACAGGUUAUCUGGGAUCUAUUGCGUUCAGAGUUAAGGAACUGAUGUGAAAUGUCGUUGAUCCUGAUGCUUUCUUCGCUGGUUGUUCUGGAUCCGCAGCGGAUUUGAAGUGUACAGUGAAACCGGCCUGUCUUUGGAUCUGUGUGUGUGUGUGUGUGUGUGUGUGUGUGUGUGUGUAACCCCAGCACACUUCCUUGGAGAGGUAUUUUUGCUGUUUUCUGCUGGAUCUAUGGCAUUUAGCUCGGUCUGGAUCCUCUGGGGGGCAACAAUGUGGGUUACUGGGAAGGGGAAACCAACAGGACCCUGAGGCUUGUGUAAAUGCGUUUCCCGACAGCCUCAGUCGUCUGAGAAGGUCAGACCUCCCUGUGGCGCGCUUGGGCCGCUGGCACUAAGAUGUCCCUCAGUAGUGGCACUGCAGGCGGGAAAGGUGUGGACUUGAAUGCGGUGGACACUUACGACAGCGGCGAUGAGUGGGAAAUUGGUGUAGGCAACCUGAUCAUUGACCUUGACGCCGAUUUAGAGAAAGAAAAGCUUGAGAUGUCGGGCACUAAGGACGGGGACGGACUGGCUGCUGCCUCGAGUGCCGUAGCAGCAUUGCCGGACAACAUCAAGUUUAUUAACCCAGUGCCUCCCCCGCCGAUCAAGGACAGCAAAUCCAAAGCUAAGCGUAGCAAGAAUUCCAAGGACAGUAGCAAGUCCUCAACCCCUGAUGUGACUAAGAAGGACUCCCAGGGACGGACCCAAAACGAGGCCACUGGGCCAACUGUGGGAAGCGGUUCCACAACUUUACCUUCCGGGAAAGGUUCAGAUAAAAGUAACAAAGCCUCUCGUAAUGUUCAGAGUGGCAAAAAGGACAAGGAGGGUUCUGGGAAAAGCAAGAAGGAGAAAAACGAAGGGGUACAAGCUGGGAGUGUGCCCUUGGAAAAGGACCCAUCGGCCCAGGUUAUGCCUUUAGGCCAGGCUCGCAAUACCCCAUUUGAGGGGACGCAAAAUUCGGACCUUGUUGGAGCUGAGCAACUAGGGAAUAUUACCCUCGAUACCACUGGAAUAGUCACUCCUCUGGCUAUCAAGAGCGAACCAGAAGAAGUGGAAAAUAAUGAUUGCAGGACCAUGAAGAAAGUUAAAAGUGAAAAGAUGGAGUGUCCGGUCUCGCCAGCGCUCCAGCUCCUCGCUCCGGUCAGCAACAGUGACAUCUCGUCCUCGUGUGAGCAGAUCAUGGUCCGGACACGCUCUGUAGCGGUCAACACCUCUGACGUGUCUCUGUCCACCGAGCCCGAGUGUCUGGGUCCCUGUGAGCCUGGCACCAGUGUUAACCUGGAGGGCAUCGUCUGGCAGGAAACCGAGGACGGUAUGCUGGUUGUAAAUGUUACCUGGAGGAACAAGACGUAUGUGGGCACACUUUUAGACUGCACUCGACAUGACUGGGCACCCCCACGGUUCUGUGAAUCACCCACAAGUGACCUGGAGAUGAGAAAUGGCCGUGGACGGGGUAAAAGAAUGAGGCCCAAUAGCAAUACACCAGUCAAUGAGAACAGCAACUCCUCUGAUAACAAAGGCAGCAACAGCAAGACUCGAGCUGCAUCCAACAGCAAAGGGCGACGGGGCAGUCAGAAUUCCUCUGAGCAGCGCACACCACCAAAUAGCAACACUGAGGAUGUAAAAGCUAGUCCUUCUUCUGCUAACAAACGAAAGAACAAACCUGCCUCAGACAUGGAACCCAAUUCCAGUUCAGAGGAUACUAAGGGUAGCAAACGUAUGCGCACCAAUUCAAACAGUGGAAUACCUCAUACUGUUCUUCCCCUCUCCAACAUCAAAGCUGAAUCCUUGCCUCCCUCUUUGGAUCGCAGCUGCCCCUCACCAGUGCUCAUUGACUGCCCCCAUCCCAACUGCAACAAGAAAUACAAGCACAUUAAUGGCCUGAAGUAUCACCAGGCUCGUGCACACAAUGAUGAUGACAUCAAGCUGGACAUAGAUGGUGAUAGUGAGUAUGGUGAGGACUCCACUUUGCACCCUGAGCCAAGCGGUUGCAAUGGUGCAUCCAUUUCUCAGAAGGGCUGUGCAUCUCCUGCACGGUCAGUCACCCCCAAAGGCAGAGGAUUUGAUGCCCAGAGUCCAUCACCAUCAUCAGGAAAGUUCAGCUCCAAGCAGCCUGGUAAAAAGAAACCAGAGGCUGAGCAUGACUCUGGUGUGCCCAUGGAUGGUUGUGAAGAUGGCCCAUGUCUAACAGAUGAGACAAGCAACGAUGGCAUUGAUGAUAAAAGAGGCUUGGACAAAGCUAAGAAGUCUGGCAGUGGUACCAAGGCAGAAAAGCUUGCGCAAAAGGCAACGAAGUCAGCAAGGCCCCUGGUUCCUUCUUUACCUCCACAGCAACUGUACACCUUACCAACCUCUGGCUUCCCUGCCCCCAAUUCUGGCUCCUCCUCCAGUGUAGGCUCUGUGGUCCAGUCCAUUAGCAAGAGUCCCCAAAUAAAAAACAUUCAACCCAAACCUGCAGUAAUGGGAGAUCCCUCAAUGAACCCAGCCUUGGGCAUCUCUAAGGACAAGAAAAAGAAAGAUAAGAAAAAGAAGGAGGGCGGUAAGGAAGGAGACAGUCCAAAAACCCCUGGGAAAGGAGGGAAACCUGAAGAAGGCAAGAGCCCAUAUUCUGAGAGCUCAGACCAAGGCAGCAAGAGUGAUGGACUGUUAAAUGGAUCCACAGAUCCACAUCAAAGUCGGCUAGCCAGCAUUAAAGCAGAGGCAGACAAAAUCUACAGCUUUUCGGACAAUUCUCCCAGUCCAUCUAUUGGUGUUGCCAGUCGGAUAGAAAGUGGGGGGAUGGCACAACCUCUCACUCCACUUCACGUGGUUACACAAAAUGGGGCAGAUAACUCUUCUGUGAAGACCAACAGCCCAGCAUACUCAGACAUCUCUGAUGCAGGGGAAGAUGGAGAGGGCAAAGUGGAAGGUGUGAAGGUCAAGUCUGAAGAUCAGGCAGGUCGGGAAGGUGCCAAGAAAUCCCUGUUCCCAUCCCAACCACCAAACAAAGACUCUUCAUAUUUCCCAGGUUAUGAAACUUACUACUCACCCAAUUAUAGCAACCCAAACCCCAGUCCUGGAGUCUCUAACACUGUCACAUCAUUGCAAGAUGGUGCAGUGAAGGUGAAAAAAGAGGAAGACCUAGAACCAGGGAAUGACAAGGGCAAAUCAGAGCCACCUGAAGAUCGAAAGCCAGAUACAGUUGCAUCCACUCAACAGCCACAGCAGCCUUCAGUCAUUCAGCAGCGUUCUAGUAUGUUCAUGCAGCCCCUCUAUUACAAUCAGUAUGCUUAUGUUCCUCCCUAUGGCUAUUCACCUGAUCAGGCCUACCAUAACCACCUGAUGAACACAAACCCAGCUUACAGGCAGCAGUGUGAGGACAGACAGCGGCAAGCAGCUGAGCAGCAUCGUGCCACAGAGAAGAAAUCAGAGGCUGCUCAGAAGGAUAGGGAAGCAUCCAUGAAGUCAGAAGAAUGGAAGCAGAAAGCUUCAGUUCCUCCUACCUUGUCAAAAGCACCAAGCCUCUCAGACUUGGGCAAACCAUCCCCACAGGGCAAGCCCAAAGAUCCCUUGGAGCCUGGCAAGUCGGUCAUUAUCCCCAAAGGAGAAGAUGGCAAGGGACACACCCAACCAGGUGAGGGGUUGAAAAUGAAGCUAAGUGAAGCUGGGCAUCAUGCGAAGGAUGAGCAGAAACCAAGCCUUGAGUCUGGGAGAUCGACUAUGGAGCAGGCAAUGUACAUGUACAGACAGGAGCCAGACUCUCGCCUGUGGCCCUACGUUUACGCCAGCAAGUACCCCGAUGCGCAGAAACAGAUUGAUGAAGAGAGGUGGAAGGAAGAGAGAGAACGGGAUCGUGAACGAGAAAGGGACAGAGAUCGCGAAAGAGACCGGAAAGGCAAAGACGAAAGGCCGCGUCCUAAAGACGCUCCCUCUAAAGAGGAAAGCAAGCAAGGGGCAGAACCACGAACUUCAUCAGCCUCAGAGGAGCAUAGAGUCUUCAGCAAAGAUCCCCGAGCACAUAUGCAGUUUUCUUCACAUCUGCCGCAGCAUCAGUCAUAUAUGUCUUACAUGCAUGGAUACCCCUACGGCCAGGGUUAUGACCCCAGCCAUCCGGGAUACAGGGGGAUGCCUGUCAUGAUGCAGAAUUACCCUGGGUCGUACCUGUCACCAGGGUACUCUUUUUCUCCAUAUGGCUGUAAGAUGCCACCUGGAGAGGAGGGUGAGAAGGCUCGUGCCAGUCCUACAGUGAGUGGCAAGUCUGCAUCUGAGUCUAAAGCGCUUGACAUCCUGCAUCAGCAUGCUAGUCAAUACAAGAGCCAGUCACCCACGGUGGGUGAAAAGACACCCCAUGAAAGAGACAGAAGUGGGAGUGAGCGGGAAAGAGAUGGUGAACGUCCGAGAUCUUCGCCCUCUCAGAGGAUCAUGCCUUCCCACCAUCACUUAAGCUAUCCACUACUCCCAGGACAGUUCGACCUGUCCUAUGCUACAGGUAUCUCCUCUUCAGCCAUUGUUGCCAGUCAGCAAGCCUCUGCCCCUUCACUUUACCCCCCAGCACGGAGGUGAGAAAGGGAGAAGUGACUGGCUGUUUUUCUGCAGACAUGUGACUGGUUCACAUGAGGAUGUGAUGUGGAGCUUAUGACAUCAGUUCAAUGAUGUUCCUGAUUUCUUUAUGGUUCUUUUUCCCUGACUUCCUGGCAUCUUUGACCAAUUCAGCCAGAGAGGAGAAAGUGGAUGCUGAGGCUACUACAUAAACGCCGAGCUCCACCUCAGGAAGCACACAUCUGUACACCUCCCUCUCUGUGCUGCUGGCUAAAUACUCAGGAGAGAGGAGACACCAUCUGUCUGCA